GCCCGUGUUGUACUGACAGAAACGAUACGGGCUUAGCAGACAUGGAGGCCCGAUUGACGACAGAGGCCCAUUCAGACACCUUUAAACUCGACUAGCGCAGUCCCGGAGAGGGAAUCCGGCGACAUUUUGGAAUAUUACGGCUUUGAUUUUCUUUCUUUUUUCUUUUGUCGGGACAUCAAGUUUCAAUAUAAAUUUACAGAGGGAACCAUGUUGGUACGCACGAAGAGUGGAUUUUGGUCCAAAUAAUGUGAUCGCCGUUUGACACCGUUAAUCACGUUUGAAGGUGAAGAGGGCUGUGUGAACAGGAAAGGACAACAUUGCUGCAAUCCAACAAGAAUUUUCUCAUCUUUUGCUACAGCCCCCUCACCCUUUUCCUCUACCCCUUUUCCUACUACUACUGGACUUCUGCAAACCCCACUACUAAAAACUGUACUGCUCUCAAACACACAGUGUCUUGCUCAACUUUCCCCGUUUCCCAAAUUACCAAUGGAUCAGAGGACCCAGGGGGGGCCCACCACACCGCCCCCUCUCUCUACAAAUGCCCAAAUACCAGUGGAACGCGAAAAAGAGGGAGUAGGUGGUAUGAAAGAGGAUGAAGAGGAAAUAAGGAAGCGAGAGAAGGAGAGAGAUGGGGUGCCAGCUGACCUCUGCAACCCUGACAGUGGUGCCAGUGACCACCAGCAGCAGCAGUCCCCUCAGUUCUCUGUCAAAGAGACCAGCUACUCAGAGGGCAGUGUCAAGCUUAAGAUUGGCCUCCAAGCCAAACGAAUGAAGAAGCCCCCUAAAAUCCUAGAGAACUAUGUAUGCAGACCUGCCUUCCGAGCCACUGUUAGACAUGGAGGCCGUGGAGCGGGGCGUGGCAGUCGUCGAGGAGGACUCCACGAUGGCAGUGGCAACACCCCUAGUCCCCCCCAUGUUGUGGAAGCAGAGAAGAACCCUUCGGUCAACCAAGGAGCGCCUCAAUUGUCAAGCGUUCCAGCUGCUACUGGACCCCCACCUUCUCUUCCUUCAUCCAUUUCAACCAGUCCUGCCCCACCUGUGAAUGGGAGUGCACCAGCUAAAAGGGGUCCUCUGAAACUGGCCUGUAAGUCAGAAGGAAAGGCAGAUGUAAAAUCCAUUUCAUCUUCAGAGAGACCCCUUAACUUGCACCGCCCUCUAACAGACAACAAACUACACUCCUCUGGAAAGAAGAGCUUCAUACUCCAAUCCAUCCCCCCAGUACCUUCACCAACAACCCCUACCCCCACUGCAUCAACUCCCCAGGAACCCAAAAUUGAUGGAAUCACAAAACCCGCUCAGUACAUUUACAGUGACCAGAGGGAGCAAGAGAAAGGAGUUCAGAAUUGGGGUGCACCUACAGUCACUGAGAAACUUGCGCAGCUUAUAGCCACCUGCCCACCUACUAAGUGUCCUAAGGCCAAAGUUCGCAAAGUGUCUCCGGCUUCAACACACAGCAGUUCUCCACCCUUGAUCUCCAAUCUGCAGCGGCCUGAGCGGGCCAUGGCCAACAGGAACACAUAUUCCAGAGCCGUCCACCUCUCUCCUCCCCCACCAGUAUCAAGGCCCCCUGGCCGUCCGUAUGGCUCAAGGAACAAAGACAGCAUCCUGGAGAAAUUAUCUGGCAUCCCUAGGAAAGAGGAAACUGAUGGACUCUCAAAGGGGAUUAUAAGUAGCAACACCACCAACAUUCCUGCCGUAUCUUACGGCAACAGUCGCUUGACAACUAUCACAAAUGACAGCAGUGACAGCAGUAAUGGAAUUAAAUCACAGGCUCGUCUUGGGCACUGCCUUCCACAUUGCUCCACACCAUCCCUUUCUUCCUCUGCUUCCUCCUUAGAAAGGAUAGGGAGUGUGAGCAGUCACCAGGUAAUGCCUACAUCCUUUGGCUCACGAAUCAGAGUGAGCCCCUCACAAACAGAGGAGAAUCUUGAGAAAGAGAGGGAGUGGGACAAAAACUUUGAUAAUCCCAGAGAUUUAAGCAAAGGGUCAUCCCCAGCAGUGUCAGGAAAACAAGACAUUAAAGAGAAGGGACCUGUUUUAGUACCUCCAGGUGAGCGGGGAAAGAGCUCAAGCCCAGCUAAGCAAAAUCCCAUUCAGGAAAGCUGUGCUAAUGGAGAGCCCAGCCCAGCUGAAUCCACUAAACACACUGCUUCCCCUUCUACCCCUUCUGGUUCUUGCAGCAGCCCGGCAGAGCUUUGUGAUGACCCUGAGCCUGCUUCUCCUGCAUCACCAGCAGAACAUGACUCCAAGCCUCUCAAAAAGCGUCGAGGUCGACGACCUCGCUGGACUAGAGUGGUCAACCGCACACAAAGGCCAAUGCAAGAUACUUCUCCUAGCCAGCCCAAGUCCACCACACCACUAGGUGCAGGUCUCGCUUCCUCACCACCCAUCCGUCGGCCUGUAGGUAGGCCCCCCAAUGCUAAUCGUGUGCCCCCUGUUGUCUCCCAACUUUUUGGACCCCCGCCUAAGAAAAGGGGCCGUCCUAAGUCCAAGAUGCCAAGAUUGGAUGCACCUGCACGUGGUCGCCCACCUAUCAAAGUUAUCCCCUCAAAAGUGUAUUCCAUGCUCAAGUCCAAAGAGGAGCAAGAUCCCCCUGUCUUGCACCCAGAGGUUGAUCUGAACCCUCCUAAACCCAUGCCAAGAAAACGAGGAAGACCGAAACGUUUGCCUCCAACCCUGCCACAGGAGACCCAGCCCCCAACACUAGCUCCAGAGUCAGGGGAUUCUUCUGCAGGUGACAAGGGCUUUCGCAACAAGGGCAAUGGGCAGCUCAUAAUGAAGACUCUCAUAGGCAAGAUCAACAAAAUGAAGACAGUAAAGCGGAAGAGGCUCCUCAGCCAGAUUCUUCUGGGGUCAGGUCCGGGACCUGAGCAGGAUAUCACUAAGAGCGCAGGCAUGUCAGGGACAGUGGCUGCUGCAACACAGUCUCUCUCAACACUUGCGGCAACCUUUGGUGGUAAACUAGGACCUCAGAUCAAUGUAAGCAAGAAGGGGACAAUAUAUAUGGGUAAAAGAAGAGGACGCAAGCCAAAAGCACCAGCAAAUCCUUCACCAGGUGCCCCUACACCACCACCCGAGGUAUUUUUGACCCCAAAUACAUCUUCCCCACACCAUUCACACCAGUCUCAGGCCUCACAAAUCCAGCAGCACCAGGUGCCCCCCUCUGACAUUUUUCCCUCUCCAUCACUUUCUCAGUCCAGUGGGGGCCAAAGCCCUAUUAGCGACGCUAGCUUCGUGGAGCCGGGUUCAGUACACUUCACAUCCCACCCACACUACAGCCACUCCCAUCAGGGCCACCACUCAUUUCCCUUUACCCCUCCAACUUUUUCAGCGCCUUCCCCUCGUACUCUGGGGGCUUCCACAACUGCGCACUACUCUCAGAAGAAGCCUUCUUGCAGAGGUCAUCACCAUCACCACCACCAUUACCGGCAGCACUUCCAUUACCGUAAGCUUUCGCCUCCCAGGCCGCUAUUGCCCACAUCUCCUGCUCCUCUUGGUGAACUAAAGGAAGCCACACCUUCUCCAGUCAGUGAGUCACACAGUGAGGAGACUGUCCCUAGUGACAGUGGCAUUGGAACAGACAACAACAGUACGUCAGAUCGUGGUGAGAAGGCUGGAGGUGCCAGUGGUUUAGCCGGGGUGGCAGUCCCACAGGGAAUGCCCAGUGGUCUCCUCAUGCCUGGAAUGAUGGGGUCAUCAGUGGGCAUUGGCGUAGGGCUUAAUCCCAGAAGCAGUAGGAGACAUUCGUCUUCAGUACUUCUUGAUCGCCCCUCGCCCACACCAUCCCCACUCGGAGCAAUGUCAUCACCUGACCCACGCCGGUCACACACUGUGGCUGCACCCUCAGCACUAGUGGGGCACAAAGAAAAGCAUAAGCAUAAGUGUAAGCGCCGUGGACAUGGCUGCCCGGGCUAUGACAAGCUGAAAAGGCAGAAGCGCAAACGCAAGAAGAAGUAUCUGCAGCUGCGCUCACGCAGGCAGGAUCCUGACUUCCUUGCUGAGCUUGAUGAGAUCUGCGUGCGGCUCACUGAAAUACGAAUUUCUCACCGGACACCUGCACUUCGCCUGGGCAGCAGCUUGGGCCUGGGUACAGCUGCAGCUGGCACAAGCCGUGGAACUGGCAUGCCCAGCGCCCGUGCAGGCAGUAGCAUAGGAGGUGGUAACAAUCCCCCACCUCAUCAUUACCUACAUAGAGACCUUCUGCCUACUAUCUUCAGGAUUAACUUUAGUGGUUACUAUUCACCGCACCCAGCCUACCCAUGUGAUUCUCUGCACUAUGUCCGUAAGCCUGAUCUCAAGAAAAAACGUGGAAGGCCCCCCAAGCUGCGUGAAUCAAUGUCAGAGGUGCCUUUUGUUCCUGGGCUAGGGUUCCCACUUUCCAGCGGAGGGUUUUAUCACCCUUCUUACAGUGUUCCAUACUCCUCCGCCCCUCUCGGACUUGGUUAUUAUCGGAGCUACGCCCCAGCCAGUGCACUGUACCCUCACCCUCACCACCAGGCUGCCCAUUCGGGCCCACCCCACCAUGGGCACCAUUCCCCUUCCUUCCCUCCACCUCCUCCACCUUCAUAUGUUCAUCACCAUCACCCAUCCCACUUGCUUCUUAACCCUUCCAAGUUCCACAAAAAGAAGCAUAAGCUGCUACGACAAGAGUAUCUAGGUGGGACUCGUUCACCAGUACUCUACCCUGCCAUGUCCUCCGAUCUGUCAUUUGGCUGGCACCAUAAACACAAGCACAGGCACAAGCAUCGUGACCGCUGUGGAGAGGAAGAAGAUGAUGAUGGCGGAGGAGCUGGAGAUGGUGGAGGAGGGAGAAGUGGAGGUGAGAGCAUGGGAGUAGGAAGAGGGGAGCGAGGAACAAGAGGAGGAAGCAUAGAAUCGCUCCAACGUUGUGGGUAUGGCCGGGAUGUCUCAGCUGACUCCAGUGCUAACAAGCAGGUGGCUGCUGCCUCUAGUAACUCUCCCUCUUCCUCCUCCUCAUCCUCAGCAGAAAGGUACAAGCGGAAAGAAGCCUCAAUGUCCUGUCUGGGGCCAUCUCGGUUAUCCUUGGGCCGAGGGAGUCGGGGGCAUCGACCUGUGGACUCCUGGUUCCGGAUGGGUUCCUCUGAUGCUGAUUACUCUAAGCUUUCUCGUAACCAGAACCUCAGCCAAGGUGCAUUCUCUGAUGGACAUGUGCCAGACCUAAUGGGGUGCUCAGAUAGUGAGGAGGAAGAUCCUACUUCAGCUAAUGAAGAGGAAGAUUCAGGCUCACACCACACCAACCUGUUUGCUUCUGCCCUCACUCGGACUUCGCUUAGGGGAAAUCGAGGCAAGAAAGGUGGCAACUUGGAGAGCUCAAGCCUAACACGAUUGGACAGAUCAUUGAGGAAGGAUCUUUCCACUUCUGCUGAGAGAAGAGAAUCAGGAAACUCUGGUGUGCAGACACGAGGCAGUCAUUCAGGCACACCUGAGUGUUCAGAAGCUCCUCUCCACCGACACCACCACCACCCCCCCCUCUCCAUCUCCCACUCUUCCUCCUGCCUCUCCCACUGCAGUCUAGACCAACCCGGGGUCGGAGUGCCACCCCGGCCCUCCAGUCGUCAGGCAAGCCCCUCCACCCGCCUGCCUCAGCCUUCAUGCUGCAUGGACCCCUCCCCCUCACGCCCGUCCCACCGCUCAGUCCCACCCACUCCCAAGAACAACUUGCACCAUGUAAACAAGAUCCUUCGGGCCAAGAAGCUGCAGAGGCAGGCACGUACAGGCAACAAUGUGGUGAAGAAGAGGGGUCCAGGGCGCCCCCGAAAGCAUCCUCUGCCCACGCCUUCCCCAUCGCCACCACUUCUGGCCUCUGACCCAGAGAACCACCAGCCUCCUACCUGGCACAGAGUGGGCUGGGAUGGAGACACGGUGAUCGAUGCCAUCGAGUCCGUAGUACAGGGCCAAAAGCGGAAGGGCCGGAAACGAAAGCGCUGGGAAAGAGACAGAGAUGAAAAUGAGGAGGAUGAGGAGGAGGUGGAGGAGGAGAGAGAGGAAGAGGAAGAGGAGGAAGAGAGGCCAGUGGCCAGAGAGGAAGAGAUGAUGGCAAGAGCGCAAGCAACAAAAGGAAGGCCCUGGCUGACGCAGGAGGAGAUGCACUGUUUUCAGAGUGCUGUUGAGGGGAAGUCCGAUGGCCACUCCUCCCCUGAGCCCACAGCUCCAGCCCCCAUAGAACAAGCUCCACCCACACCAAUGACUAGUCAGCGGGAGAAGAGAGCUGCUAGGCCACCUAAAAAGAAGUUCCAGAAGGCGGGGCUUUAUUCUGAUGUAUACAAGACAGAUGAUCCCCGCAGUCAACUGUUACAGCUAAAGAAGGAGAAGUUGGAGUAUACUCCAGGUGAACACGAGUAUGGUCUUCUUCCGGCUCCCAUCCAUGUUGGGAAGUACUUGAGACAGAAGCGCAUUGAUUUCCAGUUGCCUUACGAUAUCCUUUGGCUUUGGAAACACGACCAGCUCUAUAAGAGACCGGAUGUGCCUCUCUACAAGAAAAUUAGAUCCAAUGUAUAUGUGGAUGUGAAGCCUCUCUCAGGCUAUGAAGCCACUACUUGCAACUGCAGGCUCCCUGAUGACUCCGGUGACAAGGGCUGCUUGGAUGACUGCCUGAACAGGAUGAUCUUUGCUGAGUGCUCCCCCAGCACUUGCCCAUGCGGUGAGCAGUGUGAUAACCAGCGCAUCCAGAGGCACGAAUGGGUCCAGUGUCUGGAGCGCUUCCGUACAGAGGGCAAGGGCUGGGGCAUCCGCACCAAGGAGCCGCUCCGCUCCGGCCAGUUCAUCAUCGAGUACCUGGGAGAGGUAGUCAGUGAGCAGGAGUUCAGGAGCCGGAUGAUGGAGCAGUACUUCUCUCACAGUGGCCAGUACUGUCUGAACCUGGACAGUGGCAUGGUGAUCGACAGCUAUCGCAUGGGCAACGAGGCACGCUUCAUCAAUCACAGCUGUGAGCCCAACUGCGAGAUGCAGAAGUGGUCUGUGAACGGAGUGUACAGGAUUGGUCUUUUUGCUCUGAAGGACAUGGACAGUGGGACUGAGCUCACCUAUGACUACAAUUUCCACUCCUUUAACACUGAAGAACAGCAAGUGUGUAAGUGUGGCUCAGAAGGCUGCCGUGGAAUCAUAGGAGGCAAGAGCCAACGUAUCAAUGGCCUACCUGGCAAAGCCGGAGGCGGAGCUCGGAGGCUUGGGAGGCUGAAAGAGAAGCGCAAGUCAAAGCACCAGCUGAAAAAGCGGGAGGAAGAGUCCAGUGACAGUAGCAAGUUUUACCAGCACCUUCUAAUGAAGCCCAUGUCUAACAGAGAGCGGAACUUUGUGCUGAAGCACCGUGUCUUCCUCCUGCGCAACUGGGAAAAAAUGCGGGAGAAGCAGGAGCUGCUGAAGAGGGAUGGGGAACGGGAGCGUGAGGGCACCAGCCUCUCCCUCUACGCCCGCUGGGGCGGCGUCAUCCGCGACGACGGCAACAUCAAGUCAGACGUGUUCCUGACGCAGUUCUCCGCACUGCAGACGGCGCGGUCAGUGCGCACGCGCAGGCUGGCCGCUGCCGAGGAGAACACGGAGGUCACACGCACGGCACGCCUUGCACACAUCUUCAAAGAGAUCUGCGACAUGAUCACCAGCUACAAGGACUCAGCUGGCCAAACCCUGGCUGCUCCCCUGCUUAACCUACCUUCCAGAAAGAGGAACACACAGUACUAUGAGAAGGUGUCGGAUCCUCUGGACCUCAGCACUAUCGAGAAGCAGAUUCUGACGGGACAUUACAAAACGGUGGAGGCAUUUGACACGGACAUGCUUAAAGUGUUCCGCAACGCCGAGAAAUACUAUGGGCGCAAGUCACCAGUGGGCAGGGACGUUUGCCGCCUGCGUAAGGCCUACUAUGGGGCGCGGCACGAGGCAGCCGUGCAGAUUGACGAGAUCAUGGGCGAGACGGCCAGUGAGGCUGACAGCUCCGACUCGCUGGAGCGCGACCAUGGCAACCACCAUCACCACCACCACCACCAGCAGCAGCAGCAUCACAACGGGUCCCACAACAAGGACGAUGAUGUCAUCCGUUGCAUCUGCGGCAUGUAUAAGGACGAGGGCCUGAUGAUUCAGUGUGAGAAGUGCAUGGUCUGGCAGCACUUCGACUGCAUGCGUCUGGAGACAGAAGUGGAGCACUAUCUCUGCGAGCAGUGUGAUCCUCGUCCAGUGGACAGGGAAGUCCCAAUGGUGCCUCAGCCUAGUUACGCCCAGUCAGGCUCCACCUACUACAUUUGCCUGCUCCGAGAUGACCUGCUGCUACACCAGGGUGACUGUGUGUACCUGAUGAGGGACAGCAGGCGUACUCCUGAGGGCCAGCCGGUGCGCCAGUCCUACCGGCUUCUCUCCCACAUCAACCGAGAAAAACUGGACAUCUUCCGCAUCGAGAAACUCUGGAAGAACGAGAAGGGUGAGAGGUUUGCCUUCGGUCAUCAUUACUUCCGUCCUCACGAGACACACCACUCGCCGUCACGCCGCUUCUACCACAACGAGCUGUUCCGAGUGCCCCUCUAUGAGAUCAUACCACUGGAGGCUGUGGUGGGCACCUGCUGCGUCCUCGAUCUCUACACAUUCUGCAAGGGUCGGCCAAAGGGUGUGAAGGAGGAGGAUGUGUACAUCUGUGACUAUAGGCUGGACAAGUCUGCGCACCUCUUCUACAAAAUCCAUCGUAACCGAUAUCCCGUAUGCACAAAGCCCUACGCCUUCAACCACUUCCCCAAGAGGCUCACGCCUAAGAGGGACUUCUCGCCUCACUAUGUGCCAGAUAAUUACAAGAGGAAUGGUGGCCGCUCGGCUUGGAAGAGCGAGCGUUCCAAAGGGGCUGUGGCUUGCGAGGAAGACAAUGCACCCAAUGGACCAUGUGACCAGCUGUCCAUUGCCUUCUCAAGAGACGUGGGAGGAGGAGGAACAGGAGGAAGAGACGCAGAAGGAGUCGUGGAGCGAGCCCGUGAGGACUCCUCCUCGGCCCUGGGUCCGCUGGAGCCAUCACAGGAGCGAAGAGCCAGAGAGGAGGAGGAGGAAGAGGAAGAGGAGGUGGAAGAGGAGGAGGAGAGGAGGGAAGUGGAGGAGGGCUCGGCUGAGUGUGUCCGAGGCCCAGAGAUGUCGGAGCCCCGCUCCUCCUCGUCGCUUUCGUCUUCACCCCUGCACUCUUCUGUCCUGGGCCGGAGGGAGGCGCAGAGAGAGCGACUGAACAAGAUACUGCUGGAUCUGCUGCACCGGGCACCCAGCAAAAAUGCUAUAGACGUGACUUAUCUUCUGGAGGAGGGCUCAGGCCGACGACUACGCAGACGGACUCUCGGACUGAGUGACUUUGUGAGCAGGAAGUGAUGUCAUUUCCGCUGCCUUGUGGGCAAGCAAAUUCUCCUCUUUCUUGCACAGCAAAAAAAAAAAAAAAAGUGAUUAAAAAAAUUAUUAAACAAAUGUAAGAGAGACCCAGGAGCAGACAUAACAGUGAAAGAGGAAUGAAAGUAUGAUAGAGGAGAGUCGUGGGGUGAAGUCCCUCCCUUUCAUACACCUGUUCUCCUGCUUGCACUCUUUGUAGAGGAACUUAAAAAGAGAGACUAGCAUAGCUUAAGUGCACAGGCCAUGAGGUUUUGCCAGCGAUGAAUAAAUUGUGAUAUCACCUUGUAUGAUGCAAAGACUCAAGUGUCAAAUAAACAUAGGAAAAUUGUACUCCAAGCGCUUUAAACUGAAGAAAAAAAUAUUUAAGCCUUGAAAUUCACUUUCAUGUAUGAACUAUGACUGAAGUGUCGUCUAACGGUCUUUCAGUUUUUAAGCGUCUCCAGAGGUCAAUGUUUUUCAGGUGGCGCACGGUACUAUAUAUAGUUGGAGGCCUCUGGAUUAAUAGGGCAGGGGUUGGAUUUGGACUCAGAUUUAAGAGACUGGUGCCCCUUGGUGGUCAGUAGUGGGAAAGACUGCCACGUAGCCCACAUUUACAGAGAACUAAAAGGAAGAGAAAGUGGAGCAACAUAGAAGGUGCAGUGUAGCGCACACAGGCACUGCUCGUGGACUGAAGAGAGAGGGAGGAGUGGAGAGAGGGAGGAGUGGAGGAGAAAGAGCAUCAGCUAACUGCACUUUUUUUUCUUUCUUUUUUUAAAAACAAACAUGGACAUCAUUUGCUCCCGGAGAUGUAUGGAUGAGACACUAACACUCACCACAGUAUUGAAGAAUGCUGUGUGGUAAAAUCAAAAUAAGUAUAAUUAUCUUUUGCUUGUUUGUUUUCUGUCAUACUGUAAUUACUUUAGGAAUGGAGCAGGAUGGGUGGGGGAAGGGGUUCCAUAUUUUGCAAGCUCGGGACUGUUGGAUAUGAGAAAAAGAUUGAUAGUUAUCUUCUGUUUUUGAAAUCAGAGAGAGUGGUGUAUGCAGCCCUACCCAGUUUUUGAGUGCUUGAUUCACCAGCUGAACAGGUUUUCCAACCAGAGUGGGUGCACUGAUGUCAGCUGUAAUGCCUUAGAUUGCCAUGGUCUUGACCUUUGUGUGUGCCUGUGUGUGUGUGUGUUUGUAUGUAUGGGGGGUGCUGUAAAGAUCUGAAAGAUUAAAAUAAAUCAAUUAAGGGCUUGAAGGCAGUUAACAAAAUUGAUAAGAUAAAAAGCCUGUGAUGUCAAAUAUUCAAUGAUAGUUUGAUAGGCUGGAGGGACAGGACUUAGACAAAUUAUUUUUAUUUUAUCAUGUUUCAGGUUGCCAUGGAUGUUUAUAAACCAAUUGUGAUGAGCUUUUUUGACCACCCCAACCCCACCCCAAUCAGCUAUUUCAGACAGCGAUAUCCCUGCCCCUUAGAUGGAUUGAGAGAAGAGACAGGGAGAGUAAGAGAGGGAUAAAAACUGACAGAGAGGUAGAUGUAUAGUGCCAAGCUAUGUAUAUAUACAGACGGGAAUAUGUGAGAGAUGUCUCCAAAAGCAAUAUCUUGAUAAUGGAUUUUGUGUAUUGUAUUGUACAGGAUUCAACCCUAUAUGUAUUAUUAUGAUUACUAUUAUUAUUAUGCCAUUUGUAUUGAUAUGAUUGUCCUUUUAAGCUUGAGGCUGGAGGAGAAAGUGGCUGACGAACGUUACAGAAAUUUCUAAAGUCAAUGACAGAAGAAAGCAGCUGAAAUCAUAUAGCCCAAAACCUGAAAUAAUAUAAAAUGAUGGUCAGAUGGACUUUGUGGAAGGAAUUCAGGAUAUCACAGUGACCCCAGACCUGACAACUGUCAUUGUAAUUAUUAAUUUUAAUGUUAUUAUAAUUAUUAUUACUUCUGAAGGGGGAAACAGAAAAAAGCUACUCCUUCUUUCUUGCUGCAGAGUGUUGAACACUAAAAAAACAAACCAACAUAAAAAUGUAAAAAUAAUAUUUUGGAAAAUGAUGGAAAGAAAAAAGAACCUGUCAGCUGAAUAUCAUAUUCUUAAUCUCUUUCUUUUUUUCCUUCAAAUUGGAAAAAAAUGGUUCCGUUUUUUUUGUGAUAGCGGUCAUAAUUAUGAUGCUUGUAUUUCUUGUAUUUGUGUGUUUUUGUGUGAUUUGUUUAGUUAUUUUUAGACAAUCACAAAAAUAACAUGCAAGCAUUGUAUAUGGACAGACUGACAGACAUUUUGUGUUGUGUACAGUUUGUCAAAACUUCUUCCACUCUGGUUAAAAGUUUGUAAUUAUGAUUCUAAAGUCAUGAAAAUGCUGUUGGUUUUUACUUUUUUGUUUUAUAUUCUAUUUGGGUUUUUUUGUUUGUUUGUUUGUUUUUUAAUAAAAAGCACUACAUUGUUGUGAAUA